UUAGAGGCGGAGCUCUGUCGCCACCUCGCGGUCAGACGCGGUCACUGACUUUGUUUCCUAAACUGAAGAUGGCGACAGGAGUCCUUCAGAGAGUCCGCGGAGGCUUCAGCCCGGCUAAAAGCAGAGCUCUGUCAGCCGGAAACCUCUCGCUGUGUGUCAGAGGAUUGUCCACAUCCAGCAACAGAAACCGAGAGGACAGCUGGUUUAGGUCGUUGUUUGUCAGGAAGGUUGAUCCCAGAAAGGAUGCACACUCCACCCUGCUGACCAAAAAUGAGGAAAGUAACCUCUACAAAAUUCAGUUCCAUAAUGUGAAGCCAGAGUGCCUGGAUGCAUACAAUAAACUCUGCGAGGACGUUUUGCCUUCCAUCCAUGCUGAUAAGUACUACCCCUGUGAGCUGGUGGGAACCUGGAAUACCUGGUAUGGAGAACAAGACCAGGCUGUUCAUCUGUGGCGGUACAGAGGUGGAUACCCAGCUCUGACUGAGGUCAUGAACAAGCUCAGGCAGAAUAAGGAGUUCACGGCGUACAGAAAGGAGCGCGGGAAGAUGCUGCUGUCCCGCAGGAAUCAACUCCUGCUGGAGUUCAGCUUCUGGAACGAGCCCGUUCCCAGGGAUGGUCCCAACAUCUACGAGCUCAGGUCUUACCAGCUCAGGCCAGGAACCAUGAUCGAGUGGGGUAAUUACUGGGCUAGAGCAAUCCGAUACCGCCAGCGCAACAGAGAGGCCGUGGGAGGGUUUUUCUCCCAGAUUGGUGACCUCUACAUGGUCCAUCACCUUUGGGCUUACAAAGACCUUCAGUCCCGAGAAGACACGAGGAAUGCCGUCUGGCAGCAGGAGGGCUGGCAUGAAGUGGUGUAUUACACCGUCCCUCUCAUUCAGCACAUGGAUUCUAGGGUCAUGAUCCCAACUAAAGCGUCCCCGCUGCAGUAAGGAGGGAGGAUUUGCUUUUAAGUGGCGCCCCUUCGAAUGUUAACAUCCAUUCUGUGAAUUGCCAUCAUGGGUCCAACCUUCUGUCAGUGCUACCAAACAGCAGCCCUCUCCUUUUGAUAUUUGCUUUAUAACUUCAAGAUUUCACUUCUUAAAAUACCUUCAAAUUAAAACGGAUAUAGAAGGUAGCACACUCUUGGUCACACAGCUCCUCUGUUUUAGGGACAGAAAUGAACCAAAUUAAAACCUUCUGAUAGUCAUGUGCAACAUCUAGUGCCACAUUAAACGUGGUCCAGGAGAAGAGCUCGUCUCCUGUUUUGGGAGCAACAAAGGUUGCUUGAAAAAGUAUAAAAAGAAAGUAAUAGUGUUGAAAUUCACUGCUCAGGGCAGUAGCCAUUUAUUUAUUUAAAUGUGUUUAAAUGUGUUGACAAAGUGUUGUAAGCCACGUCAUUGCUGAUUGAAAUAUGAAACCUAUGAUUUAAAAACGUAUCUCAGUGACCUGUCAAGAUGAUAAAGUACCACAUAUUGUACAAUGCAGAUAUCAGAAUUUUAUAUUCGCUGUCUGUAACAAAACACUCCAGGUUCUGUUCUGUGUCUUAUUACAUUUCUUGUCAAAGCGACGUUAACUUUUCCUGGUGCUGUGUUCGUAGCUUUUUCCUGUGGAGACGGUAUGCCUGGUUUUAAAAUCCAUUUUUAAUCAAACAUCUCUUAACCGUGUAGAAAUAACGUGGGAACAAUCUCUCCAUGAGUGAGUGAUUGAAUCUGUUGGAGCGAUGCUGCUUCGUACUGUAAUAAUGUAUCGUUGAGGGAUCCGCAUUUAUCAUUUUCUUUCAAAGAAGAAAUGUUAGGAGGUGGGAGAGAAUGACAAAUUAAAAUUAUUCAGACAUCCUUUA